CCACCCCGGCCGCCCGGGCCGGAGCCCGACCGGCGCACGCCAUGAGCGGCGGCGAGGUGGUCUGCUCGGGAUGGCUCCGCAAGUCGCCCCCGGAGAAAAAGUUGAAGCGUUAUGCCUGGAAGAGGAGAUGGUUUGUACUCCGCAGCGGCCGUUUGACUGGAGACCCAGAUGUCCUGGAGUACUACAAAAAUGAUCACGCCAAGAAGCCCAUCCGGAUCAUUGAUUUGAACUUGUGCCAACAAGUGGAUGCUGGGUUGACAUUUAACAAGAAGGAGUUUGAAAACAGCUACAUCUUUGACAUUAACACCAUCGACCGGAUCUUCUAUUUGGUGGCCGACAGCGAGGAGGAGAUGAAUAAGUGGGUGCGCUGCAUCUGUGACAUCUGUGGGUUCAAUCCCACAGAAGAAGAUCCUGUGAAGCCGCUGGGCAGCUCUGCUCAGGCGCCUGCUGAUUCACCUUUCGCUAUAAACACAGCACCGCCUUCCGCCCAGGUGGAUCUGUCCUCUGCUGCUCUACCUCCCUCCUACCAGCUGAUCAGCCUCCCGCCACACCCCGAGACCCUUGGCACCCAGGAUGAUCCUCAAGACUACCUCUUGCUGAUCAACUGUCAAAGCAAGAAGCCUGAGCCCAUCAGCCAAGGGUCAUCUUUUGUUUCUGAAGAAGGAGAGGAAUACUUCCUGCUAGAAGAUUUUGAAAGCAAAACGAAUCCAUUGCAAGCCCACGCUGAUUCGGCAAAAACCACUUCCUCUGAAACGGACUGCAACGACAAUGUCCCCGCUCCCAAAAGCACCGCCUCCUCCCACGGCAAACACGGCAUGAACGGCUUCUUCCAGCAGCAGCUGACGUAUGACUCCCCGCCCGCGCGGGCCACGUCCCUCUCUGCCGACUCCAGCCUCUAUAACCUGCCCCGGAGUUACUCCCACGAUGUGUUGCCAAAGGAAUCUCCAUCGAGUACCGAAGCAGACGGAGAACUCUAUGUUUUCAAUACCCCAUCUGGGACGUCCAGCUUAGAGACGCAGCUGAGACACGUGUCUAUCAGUUAUGACAUUCCUCCAACACCUGGUAAUACGUACCAGAUUCCACGGACCUUUCCCGAUGGCACCCUGGGACAGACGUCCAAGCUAGAUGGUAUUCCAGACAUCCCUCCACCUCGGCCGCCCAAGCCACACCCGAGUCUUGACCGCUCUCCCGUGGACACCUGUAGCAUCCAGCGCGCGGCCUCAGACACUGACAGCAGUUACUGCAUCCCCACUGCAGGAAUGCCGCCGUCACGCAGUAACACCGUCUCCACCGUGGAUUUGAACAAGUUGCGCAAAGAUGCUAGUUCUCAAGACUGCUAUGAUAUUCCACGAACAUUUCCAAGUGACAGGUCUAGUUCACUUGAAGGCUUCCAUAACCACUUCAAAAUCAAAAAUGUGUUGGCCGUGGGAAGCAUGUCAAGUGAGGAACUGGACGAAAACUACGUCCCGAUGAACCCCAACUCACCACCAAGACAACAUUCCAGUAGCUUUACCGAGUCAAUUCAGGAAGCGAAUUAUGUGCCAAUGACUCCGGGAACAUUUGAUUUCUCUUCCUUUGGAAUGCAAGUCCCUCCUCCUGCACAUAUGGGCUUCAGGUCCAGCCCUAAGACCCCUCCCAGAAGGCCAGUCCCUGUGGCCGACUGUGAGCCGCCCCCGGUGGACAGGAACCUCAAGCCGGACCGAAAAGGUCAAAGUCCUAAAAUUUUAAGACCUAAACCCCAUGGUUUAGAGCGAACUGAUUCACAAACCAUAGGUGACUUUGCUACAAGAAGAAAGGCCAAGCCAGCACCUUUAGAAAUAAAACCUUUGCCAGAAUGGGAAGAGCUGCAGGCUCCAGUUAGAUCUCCAAUCACCAGGAGUUUUGCUCGAGAUUCUUCCAGGUUCCCCAUGUCGCCGCGGCCAGAUUCUGUGCACAGCACCACGUCCAGCAGUGACUCCCACGACAGCGAGGAGAGCUACGUCCCCAUGAACCCAGCCCUGGCCGGUGAAGACCCGAGUCUUUUUGGCAGUCACAGCCUGGACGGAGGAAGCAGUCCUAUGGUCAAACCCAAAGGGGACAAGCAAGUGGAAUACCUAGAUCUAGAUUUGGAUUCCGGGAAAUCUACACCCCCACGGAAGCAAAAGAGCAGCGGCUCGGGCAGCAGUGUAGCAGACGAGAGAGUGGACUAUGUGGUGGUGGACCAGCAGAAGACCCUGGCUCUGAAGAGCACACGGGAAGCCUGGACAGAUGGGAGACAGUCCACGGAGUCGGAAACACCAACCAAAAGUGUGAAAUGAAAACCUCCCGUCGCCCUGUCUGAGCAGAUGCGAAGUGCAUUGUAAAGAUGAAUGCCAUUUGGGGAGAUGGUGGUCUAGACACUUAAACUCCAGGCGGAUUGAUCCUCAGGCAAGCAAAGCUGAAGGCCGAGGACCUUUCACAAAAUUGAGCAGUUCAUUCAGACUGUACAUGGUGCCACGUCAACAAUCUGCAAGCUGUAAAUAAUGUGGUUAAGUGGUAACAUUUAACUCCCAGAGAAACUUGUCUCCCAUGGCUAACCGCACUUGUAGUAUUACUGUAUUUAUGCACUUUUCUAUUGAAAACAUUGGCUUAGGUGUUCCCAGUGUACCUUCACAGAGUUCUCGGAUUUCUUCACACUACUCUACGUAACAAUACUAAAUGAACUAAGCUAGUUUUUGUGUUCUUUGUUUUUUUUUUUUUUUUUUAAGAUUUGGAAGUGGCUGCCAAAGCUAUAUUCUUAACACCAUUAUUAGAAUGAGGAGCAGAUUGACAAGUUAGCUUUUGUACGUGAAAUUUCAGGUGGUAACUCUCAGCUUGAAGUACAACUGUAGUAUGGUUGGACUUAAUCUUUCAUUCCCUUCCACAAAUUCUGAAGAUAAUGUAUAUUACUGGUCAGGGCCUAGUUCUCUGGUUCAUGUACAUUUAGUUUUUACUGGUGGAACUUUUGUUAUUUUUUGUAAUUACAGUGCUUUGGUUCAUUGAGUGAAGAUUCUGCUGGGUAGGAUCUUGUACUUUUGACAGACUAAAUAGAAUUACACUCUCAAGCCUGCAAGUGAUUGAUAGAAUGCAGUGAUGUUGUGCUUUUACACUUGUUAACAUGUAUUAAAUGUUAUAUGCAAAAGGUAGAUUCUAUAACUAAUCAGGUACGUACUGGGCACUAGUGUGCGAAUAUACUGACCAGGUUAUACAAUGAUGUUUAGUUGAGUUCUUGUGAGUGCUAACAAUUAAGUUUCCAGUUUGGGAUUUGAUGAAUCAGUUGACAUUCACUCUUAGUUCCAGCCACAUACUGUGAUUUUUUUUCAUUAAAUCGUCAUUCAGAUUCUUCCUCUAAGAAUGAAACUCUAUCUUAUGAUCUUAUGACACCAUAGUGCCCUUUCUAUGAUUAAAAAAUAUAUAUAUCCUUCUUGGCCUUAUAUUUAAAUCCCUAUGCAAUUAAUGUUUUAUAUCUGCAUUUUUUUAAAAAAAGAUAGAUGGUAUAUAAGCAAUUCUCCUAUGUAGCACCUAUUGCUUUUCCAGUCAGAAAAUUAGGAAUUUUGUACUGUGAUUGAUAUUCACUGUCCCAAUUCACAACAUACUGGAGCCUUGCUAUAAUGUGAACUCUUACAGUCCUGGACCCCUUCUAGCCAGAUUUCUGAGACGAUCCAGAGGAGUGGUAUCGCUCUAUCUCCCCUGGAACACCAUCCUGUGGUCUGGACAUCUGGACCAGCGGUUACAGGGAGCCACCGUGACAUUCCUCUGUUCUGGCUUUGCAACAUAACUUAGAAUGCAGGGAUAGUCACUUGGGUUUUGUUUGUUUGUUAACCUAAGUUACAAGCUAUUGAUUUGAGACUUCCUGAUAGCUUUUAGAGGAGAGGUAGAGACUGCAUGCCUAUCAUCAAGGUAUGACCACCUCCACCAGACCUCUAAUUGUUGCCUGACCCCAUUUCAGGCCCAUUGGCCAUGGUGUUGUGCCUAAUACAGUGUACUGGGGUUGUUUCCCUAUUCCAUAAACAAAGUGUUCAUAACAAGACAAUUGUAGACUAGUAACAUUUGAUGCUUUUAAAUGUUUGCUUCUUUUUAAACUAAAACCCAGAACUGAAUUUUGAGGUGAGUUUUUAAAUAAAAAACAAAACAAAACAAAA